CGGAGUAUCGAAGAGAGAAGACGAUGGAAGGAAACGACGAGAGAUGUCGCGAGGAUCGAACGAGGCGUCCGCGGGAUGGCGCUGUGAACGGCGAGUCGGCGGGGUGAACGGAAAGCGUCAACGGCUCAAAACAUGACGUUCGUGGUUCGUUGGUACGACGAUGUCGAAUCCGCGAAUAAUACGGAACCGUUAACGGGCACGUCGCGAGUGACACUUCCACUGGGACGUAUCGCGAGUACGAGCGUCGAGCUCGCAUCGAAGGACGUUGUCGAAAUACGUGAAAAAUUCCGAAAGAUCGACAGCCAUCGGUGAUAAGCGUGGGUCGCGUUUGGUCGGUGGUGGCGUUGGAGCGACAAGGUACCGUCGGCAAAAGUGAGAGAGCGAGAGAGAGGGAGAGAGAGAGAGCGCGAGCGUGGUAGGAGACCGUUGCGCCGGGCGCGCGCGCGCGCGCAAGCAACGGUUUCUAGUUCCUGGAAGGGGGGAGCGGGGGGUGGAGAGAUACAGCGUGGCGGUUGCGAUGUCGAAGUCAGUGGUGGGGAGAAAAAGAAGGAGGAGAGCCGGUGGCGACGGGAGCGCGCGAGAAGGUGGAGUGGGGCACGAGGGAGCGAAGGAGAGGAGGCGAGUUUGUUUAUCGCCUUGGUGAACGGUGCGAGAAGCAGUCAGUCAGUGCGGUGCUACACUUGGCCUGCGGUGGUCGGUGUCUUCGGUAGAGUCCUGCUUCCCUGCGUCGUGUGUGUCUGUCUCUCUCUCGCUCUCGCGUGUCCUCGUUAAAUCUUUUUUUUUCUUUUCCCCCCUUUUGACACUCGGUUCUCUCUAAUUCGGUGAGUGCGAACGCCGCACCGUGUCGCGUUUUCGAGAAGGAAAGGGAGUGAGUUUCGAGUGAGGAAAAGAGAAAAAGGAAAAGACGGAGAGAGGGAGGACGUACACAUGUCGACGUCCGUCUGAAGAGAGUUCCGUUCGACCGAAGGAAGAGAUAGAAGAGGAACGAUACAAGCAACGUCGUGUCGUGACACGACGAACAUGCCACGGAGAAACAACGCCGAGGGAUAGGAUCUCUCGAAUCGCGCGCGCUGUUCACGCAAAAACGCGCACACACACACACACACACAACACACACGCGCGCGUACAAUCCUCUCUCUCUCUCUUUCUCUCUUGCCACCCAACACGUACACGCACACACGCGCGCGCGCGUGCACGGCGACGUACACGCGCGUUUAUUUUUCUUCUCUCCGAUUUUGAUCGCGUCUCUCUCCGUUCCGGCUUCCAUCGUAUUCAUCGUGCUCGUCAUCGUCGUACGUCGUCGUCCGUCGUUUUUAUAGUCUCCCUCUCUCUCUCUCUCUCUACCGGUAUAUCUUUUUGCGAAAAUUUCACGACCGACGUGGGAUUCGCCGUGGGAUACGUCGCUACGCACGCACGACUAAACAGAUAAGCCGAGCGAGCCAACACCACCGAGGAGGAACAACGUUAUCCAAAUCUCGCCAGUAACAAAUUCGUCCGCUUGAUACGCAAGGAAUAAGUCGGAUUCGUUCAUCGAUUCUUACGCGUCGCCAUCAUCGUCUUUGGAUCCGCGAGGAGGAUAAAAGAAGAAACGAAAUAUAAAGUGCGGUGUCGCUUAGUAAAAAUAAAAAAAGCGAAGAAAGAAGAAAAAUUUCGUCUCGCGAUAAUAAUCGUACGUGUGCCGAAAACUACUUCGCGUUUAACGGAGAAAUUUAUCGAGGAGGUGCGACAGAGAUAGAUAGUGUGGUAAAGGAGAGAGAGAGAGAGAUACGGAUAGAGACAGAUAGAUACGGAGUGGGAGGAAAUCGAGUUCUCUCUCUCUCUCUCGCACUCUCUCUCUGUCUCUCUGUCUGUCUGUCUGUCUCUCUCUCUCUCUCUCUCUCUUUCUCCCACUAGUCGACGAGUCGUGUAACGCUCGUAAUUGUCCUUGUCGUCGGCGUGUCGCGCGGUUAGUCCUCGCUCGUCGACGGUAACGACGACGAGAUGAUCGUCAGAGUGACCUUGGUGUGCUUCCUGCUGGUCGGUGCACCGAUAAAGUCAGAAGCAGAAGCCCGUCCUCGUGCACGGCCCGUGCCCAUCUACUCGAAUCAGUUCGCGGUCCAUGUACCGGAAGGAGUAGAAGCUGCAACCGAGAUCGCCGAGAAACACGGCUUCGACAAUCACGGACAGAUUGGCUCAUUGAAGAACUACUUCCUCUUCUCUCACAGACGAUUGAACAAGAGAUCACUGACAGAGAGCGAGCCACAUCACAGAAUACUGAGAGACGAUUCACGGGUGCACUGGUUCCAGCAGCAACAUGAAAAAAAACGUAAGAAGAGAGAUUUCGAAGCAACGUCCUUUGCCACAUUCGGCGAUUAUCCUCCGUUCUUCGAAGAUUUCGGACCACGACCGAGACAAGCGUCGUUCCAUCGGCAAAGAAAUCGGGGUGUACCCUUUCAAAAUUUAUUCACCGAUCCAUUAUUUAAGGAGCAGUGGUACCUGAACGGUGGUGCCAAAGAUGGAUACGACAUGAAUUUAGGACCAGCCUGGCAAAAGGGUUACACGGGUAAAGGCGUAGUCGUGUCCAUAUUAGACGAUGGUAUUCAAACUAAUCAUCCGGAUCUUGCGUUGAACUAUGAUCACGAGGCGAGUUAUGACAUCAAUGAUAACGACUCGGAUCCAAUGCCACGAGACAAUGGUGACAACAAACAUGGCACUCGUUGUGCUGGCGAGGUCGCAGCAGUAGCUUUUAACCAAUACUGCGGCGUUGGUGUUGCUUAUAAUUCCAGCAUCGGAGGCGUGCGAAUGCUCGAUGGCCCGGUAAACGAUGCCGUCGAAGCCAGAGCGCUAGGAUUGAAUCCUGAUCACAUAGACAUAUAUAGCGCUUCUUGGGGCCCAGAAGACGAUGGGAAGACGGUCGAUGGUCCUGGUCCGCUUGCUAGAAGGGCUUUUAUUUACGGAGUAACAAGCGGUCGGAAAGGAAAAGGCUCGAUAUUCGUUUGGGCUUCCGGUAAUGGUGGUAGACACACGGACUCGUGUAAUUGCGAUGGGUAUACGAACAGCAUCUUCACGUUGUCGAUAUCGAGCGCAACUCAAGGUGGUUACAAGCCGUGGUACUUGGAAGAAUGUAGCUCGACCUUGGCCUCGACGUAUUCUUCGGGAACACCAGGGAACGAUAAAAGCGUUGCCACGGUAGACAUGGACGCUAAGUUACGACCCGAUCACAUAUGCACCGUAGAACAUACAGGGACAUCCGCGUCAGCCCCAUUGGCGGCUGGUAUCGCUGCAUUGGCCCUAGAAGCAAAUCCAAGUUUAACCUGGAGAGACAUGCAAUACCUCGUAGUGUUAACGUCGAGAUCCGGACCCCUCGAAAAGGAACCCGGUUGGAUACUGAACGGGGUCAAGAGAAAAGUCUCUCACAAGUUUGGAUACGGGCUUAUGGACGCAGGCGCUAUGGUCAGUCUAGCCGAACAAUGGACCAACGUGCCACCACAGCACAUCUGCAAAUCCGACGAAAUAAACGAGGAACGGCCCAUCGAUCCUACUUACGGAUAUACAUUGAGCGUAUAUAUGGAUGUUACCGGAUGCGCCGGAUCCUUGAACGAAGUUCGUUUUCUCGAGCACGUUCAGUGCAAGGUAUCUCUGAGAUUUUUCCCACGAGGUAAUCUAAGAUUACUGUUAACCUCGCCGAUGGGUACCACGUCAACUCUACUCUUCGAAAGACCACGAGACGUUCUCAGCUCCAGUUUCGACGAUUGGCCUUUCCUCAGCGUACAUUUCUGGGGCGAGAAAGCCGACGGACGUUGGACGUUGCAGAUCAUUAACGCCGGAAGUCGGCACGUCAAUUCCCCAGGUAUACUGAAGAAGUGGCAGCUGAUAUUCUAUGGCACAGCAACGAACCCUAUCAGGAUACGGACACGUCAAUUUAACCCGGUACAAGCGCAUUCUCCGUUCUCGUCCGUGCAUUACCCGUUCUCGAUAGACGAUGAUCCGCUAGCUCAGGACCAUCGGGGCGACACCGACUUCUUUGCUCCGUCUACCUUUCAGAGUUACCAGGGCCCCUACGCUGGUGCAGCUUCUAACGUCCACGCAUCGGUGGCCACUCUUGAUGGUUCCUCGGCUCCUCUCCUGACGAAUCGGCUACCAGGCGAUACAGCAGCAGCUUCCGGCUUUGAUUCACCAUCGGUUCCGUCCUCUCAGAUAGCAGACGGUUCCUUGGACACCACUAGGCAGAUACUUCACGACUGCGAUCCACAAUGCGAUUCUCAAGGUUGCUACGGAAAGGGUCCAACGCAAUGUGUCGCCUGUAAGAAUUAUCGACUGGACAAUACGUGCGUCAGUCGCUGUCCUCCACGAAGUUUCCCGAAUCAAGGUGGUGUUUGUUGGCCUUGUCACGAGUCCUGUGAAAUUUGUGCUGGCGCUGGUCAAGACUCUUGCCUAUCGUGCGCACCCGCUCAUCUGCGAGUUACCGAUCUGGCCGUUUGCCUUCAACAAUGUCCGGAGGGUUAUUACGAGAAUACGGAGAACAGCACGUGUGUGCCCUGCGAGGCCAAUUGCGCCAGCUGCCAGGACAGACCGGACAAGUGCACCAGCUGUGAGCAUCAUUUGGUGAUGCACGAGAACAAAUGUUACGCGGCCUGUCCUCUUUACACGUACGAAACGCAGGACUAUAAUUGCGCACCCUGUCAUCCCAGCUGCGAGUCGUGUAAUGGCACGUCUGAAAAUCAAUGUAUAGCUUGCCGACCUAAUUUAUUCUCUCUUGGUGGAACCUGUCGAGCCUCUUGCCCAGCUGGUUACAGUGCCGAUAAAAAACGACGCGAGUGCGUAUCCUGUCCACCAGGAUGCCUCACAUGUGCAACCUCUAGCUGCAUAAGUUGCAUCGAAGGCUGGAGUAUAAACAAGAAAGGUGUAUGCGCGCCGGAAAGUCGAAAUCGUUGCGACACUGCUGAAUAUUACGACGACGGACAUUGCAAGCCUUGUCACUCGACUUGCGAAAGUUGUGCCGGGCCCACCGAGGACUUCUGUAUAUCUUGUCAAAGUCCUCUCUUACUUCAAGGUCGUCGAUGCGUCUCACAGUGCGACGACGGAUAUUACUCAGUCGCUCAACCCUCGAGGCCGAUUUGCGUGCCUUGUUUGCAUACUUGUAAGAGUUGCGUCUCGCGGCUUAACUGCACUGCCUGUCAAGAUGGUUUACAACUUCAGAGUGGCGAAUGCAGAUCGUCGUGCGCGCAAGGCUAUUACAGUGACAGAGGCCAAUGCGCCAAAUGUUAUCUAUCGUGUAAAACUUGUUCGGGUCCCAGAAGAGAUCAAUGCGUGACUUGUCCAACAGGUUGGCAAUUAGCAGCUGGCGAAUGUCAUCCUGAAUGUCCGGAAGGUUUCUUUAAGUCUAAUUUUGGUUGUCAAAAGUGUCACCAUUAUUGUCGUACGUGUAAAGGCGAGGGUCCACUCGAGUGUACGUCUUGUCCGGCACAUUCCAUGUUGGAAGGUGGUUUGUGCAUGGAAUGUCUCGGUGCACAGUAUUACGAUCCGUUGACGCAACUUUGCAAGAAUUGUCAUGCGGAUUGUCGUAGGUGUACAGGACCCGGGAAAUUCAGUUGUGCCGCUUGCUCACCUCCUUUGCAUUUGGACAAAUUAAACAAUCAAUGCGUGCCCUGUUGUACGGGGUUAGAAAAGGGUCCACAUGCCGACGAGUGUUGUCUCUGUGACCCGGAAACCGGUGGCUGCAGGAACAGUUCGCCGGCUGGCAAAAGAAGGGUACCAUCGAGAGACUCCUCGAUAUCCGAAGGAUACGAAGUAAUUGAUAAAAAUCCUGAUAAUAACGAUUCGGCUUCGUUGGCCGUCACAGCAGCUACGACAAUAGCCGUGGCCAUCUGUUUAGCGUCGGUCGCACUUUUCGCAACGAUAUUCGUUGCUCUUCAAGCAAUAUCAGCGAGAAGACAAACAAAUAUGGGUUACACGCAAUUGACUGUUCGAAUGGAAUCCGUGGACGACGUUGACGCUGAUGAUACGACGGAACUGAUGACUUAGAAUAUAAAAAUACAACUUAAUCGCAAGCAAACAUAGAGGAAGGUGGUACCAUCUACUCUCGUCGAAGAGUUCACGAUGAUCGGUAUACGUUUCGAUCUAUAAAACGUCACGUAUGUCACUCACCCACAUACACACAUACAUACACAACCACACACGCGCGCACGCACGAACGAACGUAUAGAGUCAAGAAUACAAGUUUGUUUAAAUUUCUCUCGACGCGUUGAGAUUGAAAACGAAGGUGGAUCAUACGUUGGUGGAUCAAUCGUGAUACAAGAAGAAAAGAAUAACAAUGAGGACGAAGAAAAGCAAAGAAAAGAAAAAAAAAGAGAAGAAGAAGAGGAAGAAGAAGAAGAAGAAUCAGUAGCAACUGGAAAAGUUUUUGCAUAGAUCGAGACUCGAACGAGCCGAUAGUGUGUAGUACAUGUGUGCGACUCUUCUUUUUGCGUGUGAUGUGACGAUGACGUUUAGUUUUAUUCUUCGACGUACGAUCGUGUGGAUGAUGAGGAGAAGAUAACAUAAUAAUACAUGGGGUAUUUCGUUCAACGAGAAAGAAUAAGAGAAAGGCAAGAAAACAGAAAAAAAAAUAUUAAAAAAAAUAAAACCAAAAAAGAAACAAAAAAAAAAGAAAAGAAAAGAAAAGAAAAAAACAAAGGGAAAUGGAAAAAUAAUACAUCGAUCUAUGUUGGGCGUUGUUUUUUCUUAUUGUUAAAUAUGCGCACGUCUCUCUGUGUGUGUAUAUAUAUAUACGCCGAUAGAGAGAGAAAGAGAGAGUGAGAGAGAAUGAAAGAGAGAGAGAGAGAAAAAGAGAAAGAGAGAGAGAGAGAGAGAGAGAGAGAAAGAAAGAAAGAAAGAAAGAGAGAGAGAGAUAGAGAGAGAGAGAAAAGAAAAAAGGGUGAAGGACAUUAUAAAGUGCCUGAGUAGAGACGCCCUUGAGAUCAUCCAGCCUUUUUUUGCCUUCCCCUUCUCAAACAAAAUAAUAACUACCCUCUCUAUCCAAAAAGACAUCAUCUAAACUCAGUCGCGUACCUCUUUGUUGGCCUGGUGGUCUGGCACCUGUAAACGCCAUAUUCUUUUUUCAUUUUUCUUUUUUCGUUUCUUUUUCUUUUUUCUCUUUUCUAUUUUAUACUUCUUCUCGAGUAAACCUCGUAUUUCUCGUAUUCCUUGUUAUUAUCUUCGUUCAUCGGAUUAUUAUCACGUGCCGGGCGAAAAAAUUUUCAAAUGGAAAAUAUUUCAAUGUUACGAACAAAUAUUAAUUGUUUUAUUAUCUUAUUAUAUCUCGUGGGAGGGAAAUAGAUUCGAGGAUAACGUUUUAUGAUAAAAAUUCGUAGAUUUUCACAUUGAUUACAAACAUAUAAAUACACACACACACACACACACACAUGCACAUACAUACGUAUAAUUCUCUAAACUUCGUUCGUCUCGAGCGAUUAUUUAAAAUUGUUAUACAUACAUACAUACGUAUAUAUAUAUGUAUAUGUAUAUAUGUAUAUAUAUAUAUACACAUAUAUAUAUAUAUGACGCGGAUAGUGAUGAGUCCCCCAUACAGAGAUAUAUAUAUAUAUAUAUACGUAAAAAGAAAGAGAGAGAAAGCGUAAUAAAAAUGAGGACCAGAAGAGCGAGAAGGGAAUACAGAAAAAAUAAUUUUUCGGACCGACUCUCUCUAUCUCUCGCAUUGCUGUUGAAACGAGAAUGACCAAGUCCUAAUAACUUUGCACGUAUGUAUGUAUGUAUAUAUGUAUAUACGUAUAUAAAUAUACACAUAUACAUAGACACGUGCAAAAACGUAUUAAUUAUGUAUACGUUACAAAGUACUACGUAUGAUAUGUAUUAUUAUUAUCAUCAUCGUCAUUAUUAUUAUUAUCAUUAUUAUUAUUAUUACUACUACUAUUAUUAUUAUUAUUAUUAGAAUUAUUAGAAUUAUUAUUAUGAUUAUUAUUAUUAUCAUUACUAUUUUCGGCUAAUGUCAACAAAAAAAAGGAAGAAAACAAAAGAACGAAAAGAAAAUACGCAAAAAAAAGAAAAACCAAAAGAAAAAGCAAAACAAAAAUGAAAAGAAGAAUCGAUACGGAUUCUCUCUCAUCCUUUUAUUUUUAAUAUAUACAUACAUAUAUAUAUAUAUAUGUAUGUGUUUCCGUUUCUCAGUCGUUACAAGCUCCACCAGCCAUUCCAGUAUGGGUUAUGCGUAUGCGUGCGUGCGUGCGUGUGUGUGUAUUUGCACUUAGAGUGCAUAUCUCUAUGUACACGUGUUUUGUGUGUGUGUGUGAGAGAGAGAGAGAGAGAGAGAGAGAGAGAGAGAGUGUGCGUGUCGUAUCUCUCGUAAGGCCCGUCGGACUACUAUAUUUACGAUAUCGCAUUUUUUGAGUCGUUUCUUGUUGCUAUUUCAUUACCUCUUACCUUGUGUUCUUUUUAUUUUUCGUCCCUCUUUUUACUAUAGCCACUUACCACGUUGUUUUUACUUAAGCUUGUACGCGUUUACUUCUUUCUUUUUUUUUCUUUUUUUUUCCCUUCGUUUUUUGUUUCUCCUUUUUUCUCAUUAAAAACAAGCCCCGUCGAGUAAGUAAGUCUUUACUUGCACAUGCACUCCCUUUGGGAGUUGGAGGAAAAUCGACGGGGAGAACAAAAAAAGAAAAAAAAAAGGAAAAAAAGGAUUACAAAAGAUAAAAAAAUGAAAAGAAAGAAAAGAUUAGAAGGAACGAUGAAGAUGAAGAGAAUGAAGAGAAACAUGAAGAAAAGAGAGAUUAGAGAAAAAAAAAGAAGAGGAAGAAGAAGAACUAUGGAAAACCUACGCGCAACGAUUAAUCGCGAAUCGAUAUUCUCGAAUCAUCAUCGUCGGAUAUAGCCGCUGUCGCCGCCGCCACCGUCACAGCAAAUAGCCCUAGGCGUGUGCGCGCUUCUAAAAAACUCUGCAACAACAACAACAAUAGCAACUACAACAACAACAAUAACAAUGGUGGUCGUCUGCGGCGAAUAUUGAAUGUUCUCUUCGUGAUUUGAUAUAAAGCUAUUAUUGUACUUUUAUGAAGAACGCGAUUAUAAAUAUAUACAUAUAUAUCUAUACACAGAGA